UCGAUGAGACUGGACGUAUCGCUCUUAGGCGAUCGUAUUAUUCGGUCAAUUUGAACAUUUAUUUCUUGACACCUGAACGUCAGUGAAUUAACAUUUCGCAAUAGACGACUAUUUAUUUAUUUUUUAUCCUCAACGCGGAUAUUAUUAUUUAUUUAAUUUUAGUACUUUGGUAAAAUUGAGUAAAUUUUUCGUCAUCUCGUUAGCAAUUUUUUAUUCCGGCUCAACGGCUCCUCUCGACUCGGUGAUCGAACCGUGCCGAGCGGAAAUAGUGCGAAAAAGUAAUUGCAGCAAAUAUCGAGGCGAAGCGAAAUGGCGAAUUGAUGAAAAAUCAAUAUUCAAAGAAAGUGAGAUCGGCACGAUAGAAUUUUUGCGCAACAUCAUGAAGGGCUCAUCGAACGACAAUGGAAAGAUCUCCGAUUCCGGUAACACCAACUCGUGCGUCAGUCAAUCGCAGAGGAGUAGCGGCAGCUCGUUGUCGCGGAGAAACACGAAUCAGUCCGAGAGCAGCGGUUACUGUGGUGGACACCCUUUGACGUGUGACUCGAGUAAUUACGCCUUACCGCAACCGAUCAGCAGGCACAACCAGAAAGAGCAUAAAAAGAAGAAAUCAAAAACAUCAACGACGAAGAACAUCGGUAACGUCGGUACUGAAUUCAGAUCGCAGAUUAAUUCUGAAAAACAAAACGACGUGGGAACAUACGAUUCGUACGGCACUUCUUCCGAUUUUGCUACUAAUAGUAAAAAAGCAGAAGAAAUAGCCGAUGUAGAGUUGGCCGACGACACAGGACUAGGGGAUCACAACGGCGACUCUAACUCUACAGAACUCGAGAGGGGAAUUGGUACGAUUACCAAUCCUCUGGAAGAUUCGACAUCUAAUAUCAAUGCGACAUUCAGCGUGGUUAUAUCGAUGAAAAAAGGCCUCGUCGUCGAUGUUACACCUUCCUUAAGUACGAUACUCGGCCACACGAGAGAAUCGUGGAUCAAUCGUUCCUUCAUCGAAUUUGUACAUCCGAAAGACAAACAAGCGUUUGCCGAUCAUCUUGCCAAGAACAUCAGUCUUCCUUACGAAGAUCAUGACAAGGGUCUUGAUGGACAUCGGACAAGUAUAUUUUGCAGUCUACAAAAAAACAAAGAGCGAAGGUCAACAGUUGGAAGUGCAAGCGACGAAAGCAGUUACCAUGCAACAACGUCCAAUCCGUACCUUCCCUUUCAUCUGAUAACGAGUACCAAAGCUUUUCGCGAUCCUGCUAGUGAGGAGAAACUUCAAAUGUUUUUUCUCAUUGUCAACGCCGAGCCAAUUAUGCCCAUCUACCAAGCCCCCGAAGAGAUGAUAAUAUCGACGAUAUUUUCAACUCGGCACGAUUCCAACUGCAUCCUGAUAAACGUCGAAGUCGACGUGGUGCAAUACUUUGGUUAUAUGCCACACGAAAUGAUAGGUCGUUCGGUGUUCGACUUUUAUCAUCCUGAUGAUCUGCCGUACCUCAAAGAAGUCUACGAGACCGUUGUUAAAAUGGACGGAUUGCCAUUUCGCUCAAAACCAUACAGAUUCGCAACACAAAACAGCGAUUACGUUGUAUUGGAGACCGAGUGGUCGGCAUUUUUCAAUCCCUGGAGUGAAAAACUAGAAUUUGUCGUAGGUCAUCACAGAGUACUCCGUGGACCAAAGAAUCCGAACGUUUUUCAAGCUGCGCCGGAUCCUCGAAAAAUCAGCUCGCUGGAAAAUAUAAGCGAAGAAAUAUUCAAAGAAUCGAAGAUCAUACAGAGCGAAAUACAAGCUGUUCUCAAUGAGAAAAUCGAAAGAAUGGAAGACGACGGAGCCUACGAGAUUACUUCUAGUUCUAAAAAUCUUGACACGUUCGUGGAGAACCUGCUGCGGGAGGUCAAGCCUCCGGCGCCAGUCUCCAAGGAGCAUUUCGCAACUGACCACAAGAGCUUUUUGGGAUCACGAAAUCCCUUGUUGCAGGAACACGACAGCGCCAUACUGGGCGCAAUAUCACCUCAUGAUAGGUACUGCGAUAGCAAAUCGUCAACCGAGACUCCACCGAGUUACGGUCAGCUCAAUUACAAUGAGAAAAUAACGAGAUAUUUCGAUAGCAAACUUCUCGUUAGCGCCACUUAUGGGGAUGGAGAUAACACGAAUCUGAGUGUGCCGAGCAACAAGGAAGUCAGAAAAUCGAGCUCGAACUUGACUGGCACGAAAAACACGACACUGAGCGGUGAGAAUUUGAGCAGCGGCUCGAAUAAUCGUACUAGUUACGACAGCCCCGAUGACGUUGACAAACCACGCAGCGUCAAUCCAAUGCCUACGGGAGAUUUGGAAAUACCGACACUCACCGAAUCGAUGUUGAAUAAGCAUAACCGGGAAAUGGAGAAACUCCUGAUCCAGCAACACAAAGAGUGGCGACGUAAUUUAAAGUAUAGAAAAGAGGACAAAGAUUCAAAGAAUAAUGGUACGGAGGAUAACCAAACCAGGCCAAGUAACAAGCGGAGUAAACACCAAACGAAAACGUGCAGUACCAAAAAACGCAGAAUCGAUGAUCACGAGGGGGAACAAUGCAAGAUUCCAAAAUGCGAUGAGGAUGCCAAAACGGGUACCGUAGCUCCUGUACUCGCUGCGACGAAUGCAUCAGUGCACGCGGGUGACAAAGUCGCACCAGAAACCGCAGCGACUCAAGACUCCAAUGUUUGGCCACCGGCUACGGGGGCCGCAUCACCACAACUGUCUCAUCCCCAUUUUUACGUGGCAGCUUCAAACAAUGAACCGCGCAUGGAAUCCAGAGGCCCAGAAUUUUCGUCUUUAGUUCCAUUGUUUUAUGUUCCCUUACCACGAACUGUUCCGUCGACCACUAAUAGUCAACCUCAGCAGGUUACUUACGUUUCUUACGCCACAGCACCAUUGGCAGGUGUAAUUUAUCCACCGGUGGUCUGUGCACCAGCACCGGUAACGACGAUGUACCGGCCGUUUUUGAUACCGGGAUCGGUGCCAAUUAAUCGAGAAAUACAGCAAACUAAUUCGGCGAAUGCCCAAGAAGAAAAUUCGUCGAAAAGCAUUAAGCGACCGGCGUCGCACGCCACGAGUAUCAAAGGCGAGGUCGGUAGUACAAUGGCAUUGUCCGAAUCUUCGAAAAAACAACUCUUUUUGGGCGAUCAAUUCUCAUCUUGCAUCAGCAUCGAUGGUCUUUGCUCGAGUCUUGUGCCUAACACGAAACCGGAAACCAGCACGAACAGUCAAUUUAACUCGAGCCUCGAGGAUUCUAGUGAUUCAAGUUUUUACAGUAGCUUCUUGACGAAAAGUAACCAGAGUAGUUACGACCGAAGUGAAAAUAUUGUCCCUCACCAUCCACAGAAAAUUCGAAUUCGAAAACAACAGCUUAAUCUGCCGAGCAGAGGUCCGCCAUGGCAAGAGGACGUGAUGAUGACCGAUCAAUUGAUAUAUCGAUACCAAUUAACGCCAAAGCCAUUGAACGAAGUGCUCGAAGCCGAUAUGAAGAUCCUUCGAAAUUUGGAUCAACCGUCGAUGGUGACCGACCAACUGGCACAAAUGUACUCCGACAUGGAGCUGAGCAAAGUUGAUUUUUCUGCGAAACUUAUACCUUGCGAACACGACACGCCAGUGGGCAGUGAGGGCGGCAGCAGCGGCGAGAAACAACGUAACGUAGCACUCGAGGUGAGAAAAUGUGAGAGCUCGUGCUCGGUGGGAAGACAAGACGAAAAUGUUGUUUCCAACUUCGUCGGAUUUUCGCCCAUCCGAGCAGUCGUUUGUUUUGAAAAUGAGCCUAAAAGACACACAGUUUUCUGCAAAAUCAGAGAACCUUGAAAACUAUUUUGCCCCUUCUUUUUUCGACUUCCAUAUUGGGAAAGAAAAUCAUGGCUCUUUGAGAUACUCGUGGAAAUGUUAUGACGAUUUGUUCACUCAUUUAUUCAUACAAAACCUGACCCCAAAAUCGUGCACAAGCGACCAGAUAUUUUAUUCAUUCGGCUACGAUUUUGGUUUUUUCAUAAACAAUAUUUUUUCAAUAUCAUAAUACGGUCACUUUGACUGGUGGUUACUUUUUUGAUCACGUGAGAAACUGUAGUGUGCAUUGCUCGUUCGAACGCAAGAAAUUUGACGGUGAGCAUGUUAUAAAAAAGAAGUGUGCGCUUCGCCCAAAUGUCGCGAAAGUGAAACUUCGAUAAUAGACGCAACUACUUUUUAAUCCUUCGACAGUGAGCUUAAAUUCACCUUUUACUUUUCAUUACGUGGAUUAAGAAUAAGAAUGAUCAGCAACAGACAAAAGUUCACUGCGUUCAUCUAAUACAAAGAUUUUUAUUGUUUUUCAAACUAGAGAAGUAUGAAGUAGUGACAAAACGAUAAUUUAUUUUCAAAAAACAAUUAACAAUUUGCAAUUAAGCAAUUUGCAAUAAGAGUACAAAAUGUACAGUUAAUGGAGCUUCCAACUGAGGAUUUCACUGAUAAAAAUGGAGUUGAAUCGUUGAUCAUGUAAAUUGAAUAUUUUUCAAGAAUUUUGAAAAACCAAAUUCGA